AUGCUGCUGAGCCCGGCCACCUCCACCCGCUUUUCCGUAGACUACAUUCUCAGGUGGGAGCGGGAGCAGAACGUCUCCAAGACUCCGUCACAACGAGAGUUGAAUAGAAACCCAGAAAAGCUUCAAUACCUAAGAAUGGGCCCGGACUCCAGAGGGUCAGAGAGCAGUGGCAAGGCACAAGGCGGAUCAGAUCCUCCUAGUUGGCCUUGGGAGACAGUCCUGGACGUGGACUCAGAUCCUGUGAGGAAGCCUGAGACUUCCCCAGGCUUGCCCUCCCCACUUGGAGCUGGGAGCCCGGUGAUGGAGCACGGCGACGACUUGCACCGCGGAGGCCUGGAGCCGACCAGGACGCGGACGCGGCGGAAGCCCCGUGUGCUGUUCUCGCAGGCUCAGGUGCUGGCUCUGGAGCGGCGCUUUAAGCACCAGCGGUAUCUGUCUGCACCCGAGCGCGAGCAUCUGGCCAGCGCGCUGCAGCUCACGUCCACUCAGGUCAAGAUCUGGUUCCAAAACCGGCGCUACAAGUGCAAGAGGCAGCGCCAGGACCAGUCCCUGAAACUGGCAGGCCACCCUUUAGCACCGCGCCGAGUGGCAGUGCCAGUACUAGUGCUGGACGGCAAGCCCUGUCUGGGUCCCGAAGCCCCCGCAUUCCCGGGCCCCUACGCGGUCACCGCGCCGCCCUAUUCCUGCUACGGAGGCCACGCAGGCACUCCCUAUAGUGCUAACUACGCAAGCGGCUACACCGACACCCGCCCGGGGCCACUCACACCGUUGGCUAGCUCUAGCUACAGCCCAGGUGGCCUGAGUGCAGCCCAGCAGGGCCAUCUGCCCCCCACGCUACAAGGAGUCACGGCCUGGUGA